GAAGCGCCGUGCGGACCUCGCGAGGCGCCGGGCAGCGCAGCCACGGCUCCAGUCGGCCGGACCGCAGGGCCCGGUGUGGCCGCCCAUGAGUCGGGAAACCAUGCCUCAGCCCGGAGCGUGGCCCGGGGCGAGCUGCGCGGAGACGCCGGCCCGCGAAGCGGGGGCCGCGGCGCGGGAGGGCGGGAAGGUGACAAUCGGCGCGCAGCCCCGGGCCGCGAUGCGGUGCCCGGCCGAGCACGAGGAGGACAUGUACCGUGCUGCAGAUGAAAUAGAAAAGGAGAAAGAAUUGCUAAUACAUGAAAGAGGGAUAUCAGCAGAACCCAGGUUAAGUGUGGCUCCUGAGAUGGAUAUCAUGGACUACUGCAAGAAAGAAUGGAGGGGAAAUACUCAGAAAGCCACGUGCAUGAAAAAGGGCUACGAGGAAGUUUCUCAGAAGUUCACAUCUAUAAGGCGAGUUCGUGGUGAUAAUUACUGUGCGCUGAGGGCCACGCUGUUCCAGGCCAUGAGCCAGCUCACGGAACUGCCCCUCUGGCUGCAGGACCCGGACCUCAUGCUGUUACCAGAAAAGCUGAUAAACAAGUAUAGCUGGAUCAAGCAAUGGAAACUUGGACUGAAGUUUGAUGGGAAGAGUGAGGACCUGGUUGAAAAAAUUACGGAGUCCCUUGCCCUGCUGAGGAGGAAGUGGGCGCGCCUGGCAGAAAUGAAGACUGCUGAAGCACGGCAGGUAGCUUGUGAUGAACUGUUCACAAAUGAAGACGAGGAGUACAGCCUCUAUGAAGCUGUGAAAUUCCUAAUGCUAAACAGAGCCAUCGAACUCUAUGAUGAUAAAGAGAAGGGAAAGGAAGUCCCGUUUUUUUCUGUGCUCUUAUUUGCUCGAGACACAUCAAGUGACCCUGGACAGCUACUGAGGAACCACCUAAACCAGGUGGGACAUACUGGUGGCCUUGAACAGGUUGAAAUGUUCCUUCUUGCAUAUGCUGUUCGCCACACCAUCCAGGUGUACCGGUUGUCCAAGUAUAACACCGAGGAGUUCAUCACAGUCUAUCCCACUGACCCCCCCAAGGACUGGCCAGUGGUGACCCUCAUAGCUGAGGAUGAUCGGCACUAUAACAUCCCUGUCAGAGUGUGUGAGGAGACAAGUCUGUGAGAGACACCCAUGUGGACAGCUGUGAGAGGCAGCACAGUUGCACACGCAGCUCCUUCUCUGGGGCCUCAGGGCUGCAGCUCUCCAGGGACAAUCUGGGAGAACCCUUGGGCCCCUGGAACCAAGGGGAACUGUGAUGCUCUGAAGACUGUUGAUAACAAGAAGUAGCCAAGUCAUUGUUCUAUCUGUUACACAGUGUGUCUCACUGGGGGCUUCAGCGUGUGCCUUUGGGAGGUACAAACAACUUCUCAGUACAGCAGAUGUUUUUGUGUCAGAGGAAAUUGUUUGGAAAGAAACAUGUCCAAUGAAAGUUCUGAUGGUAAACUGGUGUUACUUUUUAAGACAAUAGUUUUGUUUUUGACUUUUAUUCUUUUGGAGUUGGUGGUGUGGGUCCCAUUAGUGGUCUUCCUAUGAGAUAUGCUUAAGGUAAUAUCCUGGAGUGGAUAGUUACAGUAUCUUUUGUUAGCUUCACCUGCUUUUGGAGGGAUGACUAGUGAAUUUAUAUUUAUAUCUCAGUUAAUACUAUUUUAAGUAGAUUGUCUCUUAGAGGAUUAAGAAUUGGGUCCCAGAGUAGAUUUUUUGAAGCCUGGAAAAGAUACAGGAGAGCACAGGGAGAAGUCUAGACACUGAUUUCUGAGGCUUGGUGCCCUGGCAUUGAGAGAUCCUGUUGGCACAUGUGCCCUAGUGCUGGGGUUGUGGAUUACGAUAAGUUCCAAUGGUCACGAUUCUACCCUCAGAAUUGAGUUUAUAUCCACCUGUUUACAGAAGUGGAAAUGAAAACUGUCUCUGAAGUUGACGUGUUCUCCUUUGCCCCUUUCAUGCUCUUGAAGAUCUCACGAACUGCCAAACCCAUAUGUGACAGGAUGAGAGACAGCCAACUAUCCAGUAUGUCUGAUAGGCAAGUAAAGCAGAAGCAUGUGGUAAGCAAUGCAAAAGUGCAUAGCUGCUUGGGCAGCUAGAAGGAGGCAACUGUGCUAGCUAUGAUGGGUCUGUGUGCAUGGCACAAGCCAUGGCCCUGACUUGGAGACCUGCUAAGCAUGGGUUACCUUGGGUCCUUUGUUUCCCUUGAGGGCCAUAGCCCGUGGUCUUUGUUCAUGGGGACCAGACACACCCCUCUUUAGGAUUCCAUCUGUAGCACCCCAGUCGGUUCAGCAUUUGUUGGUGCUGUUAUCUUGAUGAGUUGAAUUUAUUUUUUCAUAGUUAAAACCUUUAAUCCAAUUCAUACAGAUGAUGAGCACCUUGUUUUGGGAGGCAGGAUAACCCUUUAAAAUAUAAAUUGUCAUUUCAUUAAAAAUUAAGUUUGUUUUUUUUUUUUGAUUUUCGAGACAGGGUUUCUCCGUAGUUUUUGGUUCCUGUCCUGGAACUAGCUCUUCUAGACCAGGCUGGCCUCGAACUCACAGAGAUCCGCCUGCCUCUGCCUCCCGAGCGCUGGGAUUAAAGGCGUGCGCCACCACCGCCCGGCCUAAAAAUUAAGUCUUAAAAAAUAUUGUCUUAGGUAGGAAAACUCAGGAUAUACAAAUCAUUCAGUAGUAUUUCUUUUCCCUCUUGAGUAAAAUCACAACCUUUGGUUAACUGUUCAGUGCUGUGCUGUGUGUAACUAUGUUAGAGAGUCUGUGUUUUCACUGUGAAAUGCUAAGGUACCCUUGAGAGAGGAGGUACCUAGCAUCCAAGUUAAAGUAAUAAUAACGGCUUACUGUUGACUUUGACACUUUAUUUUGUUUGUAAUUAAAUAGUAGGAAAUGCCUGCCAUUCGUGUUUGAAGAGUUUUGAAACCAGAACUUGAAAUGCUUAGAUAAUUCCUAGUAGGAGUCACUUGUGCUGUUUGGGGACCUCAAAGCUGUCCAUUGGGCUUAGCCACUAUUGAAUUUUAGCAGUGCUCUUGGUAAUAUUCAUGCUUACCUGCAUUUUAAAGACAAGCUAAUCUUAGUGAGCUUGAACUGGACUUCUGGGAAACCUCUUUAUAUUUGAUACUUCCUUCUUGUUUGUGAUAUUGUUAGAUACAGUUUCCCUAUAUUAUGUCCCAUGAAGUUAAUGUUGCCUUUUCAGAAUGUUUUCAGAUUUUCUUGCUCACCUGUGUUGGUUGUGGAUGUGCAACACCUGUUGGUUGAGUCAUGCAUGUGGUCAUGGUGGCGGCAUUAGUCCUCUAGUGAGUUGGAUAUGACAUAGUUGCAUUUCCUCCUGUAUGCAUAAGGAAAUAUUCUCAUUGCAUAGAGGAUUCAUCCUGUUUUCCUGUCUAGCUGCCAACUCUUUGAUUAUACUACAGAAUAUUCAGUCGUGUCUGAUGAGCUUUUUCUUGAAGAAAAAUGACAUUGCAUGUCCUUUUGUGUAUUUUUUUUCCUUCCAGUUUUAGGACUUACUAAGGAAAAUUGCAUACCAUAUGAAUUGAUAAAACUUCUGUUGGAAGAACAUCCAUUUUUUGUUUGUUUUGUUAAUUUAUUUGGUUGAUUUUGACUUUCUGAGACAUAAUAUUUCUCAGGUUUUCAACUCCUGAGAGCUAUGAAUGUAGGGAUUGCCACCAUAGUAGUACAUUUGUAAGGUCUUAUGUGUUGAAGCUUUUUUCUUCUGGUUUCCUAAGUGGCUCUGUGCUGUUCUUCCCGUCCCCUCCUUUUCACCCACAUGUGCUCUUUACCUAAGAAACAGUGGUCUUGUUUUUGUGAAGGUCUUCUAGAUGUUUUUGAGGUGAUAUAUCACCCACGAUGAACCUCUGAUGGUGACUGUAUGAGUAGGGCUGACAUACACUUCCUGCCAUGUCUUCCUUUGAUAUAAAAAUUUAGUUUGAUCGGUUUCUUAUCUCUUUUUCUUAGCAUUACUUUGCAGGUGUUCCCUGCUGAAAGCUGGAGCAUAUUUUUGGGAGCGUAAACCAUUGAGGACUCUUGCUUGUAGGUGUACAUAAAACGGAUAGCUUUGUGUUAAGCUCUGAUGUUUCUUAAAAAAGCAAUAACUGCACUAGAAAUAGAAAGCCUUCAGUUGUGCUUUUCAUCUGAGAGAAACGUCAGAGCCCAGUUUGGCAAAGGUGGAGCGCAAUGUCAAUUUACAGUUUUAGGAAGGUCUGAGGAACUAAGAGGGGAGCUGAAGGACGAACUGGCUUCAGAAUGCACUUUAAAAUGAUGCAGGUCUUAGUUUCUUUUCCUGUUGCUCUAAUUAAAAGCUCUGACAAACGCAACUUAAGGAGAGAAGGUUUUAUUUUAGCUCACUGUUCAAGGGUCCAUCAUGGCAGGGAAGUCAGGUGGCAGGACCUUGAAAUAGCUAGUCACAUGACAUGCAUAGGCAGGAACACAAGCAGUGAAUGCAUGCUGCUGCCCAGUUCCUUUCUGCAUUUAUGCAGUCCACGGUGCCAGGCAGGGCAUGGUGUCACCAAGGUGAAUGGAUGCUCUCACCUCAGUGAAGGCGGUCGUGGUCAUCUGCAGGCGUGCCCAAGAGGUUCAUCACCCAUGGAAGUCUAGAUUCUGUUAAGUUGGCAAUUAACACUAAC